UUUUCAAUUAAGCUCCUAAUAUCCUUCUCUUAUUAAAUAUUCAUUUUAGUUCAAUUCAGAUCUAAUAAAUUUAAUUCAGUUCAGCUCUAAAGUUCUGUUCAAUUCAUAUCAGUUCAAUCAAUGAGAACAUGCCCUAAAUCGUUUAAAUAUUUCUCAAUCAGACAGGGGUUAGUCGAUCAACUAGAGAUUACCCAAAUCACUAUGUAGUGUGUGUCAAUUUGCGGCACCAGGCAGACCCGCCAAGAAAAGAAAGAAAAAAAAAAAGGACACUACUUAUGCGUAGUUGCUACCCCUACAAAGUUGAAAGCAUAGAACACGGAGUAAAGCUUACCACUUGGCUAACUCAUACCCGUUAGGCGUUAGCCACUACUCAUCUUCAGCAUUACCCUUCAAUUUUGACGCCGGCGCCGGUGAUCACCCAAUGUUAACUCUUACACCAACCUACAGCUUUCCAUUUUCAGCAAAACCCUUGAAUAUUAGGACCCAUUUUAAGGUUUGUGCAAAUGGGUUCCCUUCAUUUUUACCCAAACAAGUUGAUAAUAUCAAAGAUUCAUUUGCUCGGAAUUUGGCUCAAAGAAUUGAGAGGUUACCUGUUCAGUUAACAUCUUCAGAGACUUCAAUCAUGAGUAGUUGUGUAAGGCCAAUGAUGCAAGGAAAGACUGAUCCAAUUGUUCUCCUUCAUGGUUUUGAUAGUUCUUGUUUAGAAUGGAGAUACACGUACCCAUUACUGGAGGAGGCAGGCUUGGAAAGCUGGGCUAUUGACAUUCUAGGUUGGGGGUUUUCUGAUUUAGAAAGGCUUCCACGGUGUGAUGUUGUAUCCAAGCGCAAUCAUUUGUACCAGUUCUGGAAAUCCUACAUCAAAAGACCCAUGAUACUUGUUGGACCAAGUCUUGGGGCUGCUGUUGCAAUUGACCUUGCAGUUAACCAUCCAGAAGCUGUCAGCAAACUAAUUUUGAUUGAUGCAAGUGUAUAUACAGAAGGUACUGGGGAAAUGGCCAACCUUCCACGUCUAUUUGCUUAUGCUGGUGUUGCUUUACUGAAAAGUGUGCCCCUACGACUUUACGUAAAUCUUAUAGCCUUUAAUGAUGUAUCCUUCAGUACCAGUGUGGACUGGAUGAAUAUUGGUCGUUUGCAUUGCCUAUUCCCUUGGUGGGAGGAUGCAACUGUUGCUUUCAUGACAAGUGGAGGUUAUAAUGUUGUUCCCCUAAUAAAGCAGGUAAAACAGCAGACACUUAUAAUAUGGGGCGAGGAUGACAAGAUUAUCAGCUACAAGCUAGCAUUGAAACUGCACGGUGAGCUGCAGGAUGCAAAAUUGCGUCAAAUACCAGAUUGUGGCCAUAUCCCUCAUGUAGAAAAACCCAACUCAGUUGCUGACUUGAUCAUCAAAUUUGCUCAACAGAACUGUGGUACAUUGUCAAGAGUUUGAUUUAUGUGGGCAUGUUCUUGUGACAUUGUCCUUUUCUGGAAAGUCCAGCUCUCGUUCAUGAUCUAAGGAGGUCCCAAUGGUUUGCCCUUUUCCAACCUUAACUUAUACACCCCCUCCCUCUUUCCUAAUUAUAGUGGUUGAUUGAUUUGAGUGGUAUAGAUUUGUUGUAUACAAAUAUAGAUAAUGUAUGCUCAUAUCUUUUUUUUCGUGUAAAGUUCUUCGAUGAGAAAAUCAUUUUCUUUUUACUAUGCUUGGGUUUUAUCUUGGUUCAUCCUCCUCUAUUACUCUUUAAACAAUCAGCAUUCUGUCUCCAUCAUAAUCUGCCUUAGCUCCUUGCCUGUUUGCCCUUUUGUAAACAAUGCGUCUUCCUCUUCGAGGGUUAUCGUGGCCCUUCAUCUAGUUUAAUGUAUGGUUUGG